CUACAGACGGAGCGGACAGCUGCUGGACCUUCAGACAAGAACCAGAAUGGAGGAGCAGAACCAGGACCAGAACCCCACGAAGAGGAACAAAGCGGGAUCAUCCUCUGAUACCACCGGUCGGCAGAAACAUGGAGGCCAAAGGAGAACCAAACAUCAAGGUGGUCUAGGCUGUAAGAAAGUCUUCACUGGUGCAUCACGACCAAAGAGAUGUCGGAGGAUUCACACUGGAGAGAAACCAUACACCUGUGAUCAGUGUGGAGCAGCUUUCAGUUAUCCAAGUCAUUUAAAAAGUCACCAUCGCAUUCACACUGAAGAGAAACCAUACAGCUGUGAUCAGUGUGGAGCAGCUUUUAGUCAACAAACUCAUUUAAAAAGUCACCAACGUAUUCACACUGGAGAGAAACCUUACAAGUGUGAUCAGUGUGGAGCAGCCUUCAGUCGAUCGGGUCAUUUAGAAAUUCACCGACGUAUUCACACUGGAGAGAAACCAUACAGUUGUGAUCAGUGUGGAGCAGCUUUUAGUCAACAAACUCAUUUAAAAAGUCACCAACGUAUUCACACUGGAGAGAAACCUUACAAGUGUGAUCAGUGUGGAGCAGCCUUCAGUCGAUCAGGUCAUUUAGAAAUUCACCGACGUAUUCACACUGGAGAGAAACCAUAUAGGUGCAAUGAGUGUGGGGCUGGUUUCACAGACUCUGGUUCUUUAAAAUGUCACCAACAUAUUCACACUGGAGAGAAACCAUAUAGGUGUGAUCAGUGUGGGACAGCUUUUAGUCUGUCAGGUCAUUUAAAAAUUCACCGACGUAUUCACACUGGAGAGAAACCAUAUAGGUGCAAUGAGUGUGGGGCAGCCUUCACUGUAUCUAGUGCUUUGAAAAGUCACCAGCAUCUUCAUACUGGAGAGAAACCAUAUAGGUGCAAUGAGUGUGGGGCAGCUUUCACUGUAUCUAGUGCUUUAAAAAGUCACAAACGUAUUCACACUGGAGAGAAGCCGUACAAGUGUGAUCAGUGUGAGUUAGCUUUCAGACAAUCAGGUCAUUUACAAAUACACCAACGUAUUCACACUGGAGAGAAACCAUAUAGGUGCAAUGAGUGUGUGGCAGCUUUCACUACAUCCAGCGCUUUGAAAAUUCAUCAACGUAUUCACACUGGAGAGAAACCAUAUGUGUGCAAUGAGUGUGGGGUUGCUUUCACUGAAUCUGGUACUUUGAAACGUCACCAACGUAUUCACACUGGAGAGAAACCAUACAGGUGUGAUCAGUGUGGAGCAGCUUUCAGUCGAUCAGGUCAUUUAAAAAAGCACCAACGCAUUCACACUGGGGAGAAACCUUAAAUGUGCCAGGAGGGUGGGGCAUCUUUCAGUUAUUCAGGCAAUUUCGAAAAACACUGCUUUGUUUCAACUGUCAGGUGACGGUCACAACAUGUUUCAUUCUACGAGUUUGAAAUAAAUAGUACUGUAUGUUCUACUCUAUUUUAGAUGCUAAUGCUAGAUGCGGUGCCUUUUUAUUUUUUAUUUUAUAUAUAUGUAAACUGUGUACUUUUUUA